AUGUGCGUGGGAUCGUUAGACAAGACAAACUUUAUUCAUCUGCUUUUUACAGCAAGAACAUGCAUGCAUGAGCUGCAAGCACAGGAAAACUCUGUGAACAAUAACGGCGUGGUGUCCUUUGACAACCCUGUCAGUCAAUACACUCCCGAUCCCUUUCCACUGACUGAUGGCCGGGCAUUUGUCGCCCCGUUCUGGGCUGAUGUUGAUAACCGCAUCACGGGGGAGGUGUACUACAGGCAGAGCCAGGAUGAGCAACUGUUGUGGAGAGUCACAGCGGACAUCAAUGCUUACUUCCCAAAAGUAACGUUCAAGGCGACCUGGGUCUUUGUGGCUACUUGGGACCAAGUGGCUUUCUAUGGAUCCUUGUCCUCCAAGGUGAACACAUUCCAGGCUGUGUUAACCUCCAAUGGUGACCUGUCUUUCAUAAUGUUGCACUACAAGGACAUCCAGUGGACUUCGGGGGCAGCAAGCGGUGGAGAUGCAUUCACUGGCCUAGGGGGUACACCGGCUCAGGCUGGAUUUAACAAUGGAGAUACCAAAAACUAUUUCAACAUCCCUGGGUCUUGGACUCCAAGCAUCAUUAGCGUCAGCUCAACAAGUAAUGUCAUGGACCCUGGGCGCUGGGUUUUUCAAGUAGAUGUCUUUGCAGUGCCCAACGGCUGUGUGUAUAAAGCUAACUUUUUGUCCUUUGGUGCCACCUUCUGGAGUGACAGUACCUGUGAGAACAAAUGCCAGUGCAAUUCUGAGGAUCAUGGGGUGGUGUGCCGGGCUGGAAGAUGUUCAGCGGAUGAGGUUUGCCAGUCCUCUUCUUUCUACCAUCUGUGCCAGCCAAUUCAUAGAGCCACAUGCCAAGUUCUGAGUGGAUGGCAUUACACCACCUUUGAUGGGCUGCUGUAUCAUUUCCAAGGCUCUUGCACUUACGUGCUGUCUCAGCUGUGUACGCCCUCACACAACCACAACCUGGAAUAUUAUCGGGUAGAGGCAGAUAUCCUGAUACCAGAGACACAGCCAGGAACGCCACACAUAGAACGCAUGCGUGUGAUGGUCUACGGCCAGGAAGUGGUCCUGAUUAUAGGUACCGCUGAGCAUGUCAUGAUCAAUGGCAUGAAAACCCUUCUCCCAGUUAUCCUUCUCGACGGCAAAGUCCGAGUGCAUCAGAGUGGAUUCUCAACAAAGAUAACAACUGAUUUCGGGGUGGAAGUUUCCUACGACGGGAACCAGUAUGUGCAGAUCGCUGUCCCGGCUAGUUACCAUGACAGCACCUGUGGUCUUUGUGGAACUCUGAACGGAAACAUUGCUGAUGACUUCUUAAAGUCGAGUGGUUCUUUAGCCACAUCAGUCACUCUUUUUGCUGCAAGCUGGCAGGUGAAGGAUACCAGUGCAGGGAAGGCAUACCAGUGCAGGGAAGUCCAAGAACUAUCUCCUUGUCCUUCCGCUGAACGGGCUCAUUACUCCGGGCCCGACUACUGUGGCAUCCUGAAGAAAUCUCCUGGUCCUUUUGCCACCUGCUCACAGGUCUUGCCUUCCUCUGGCUUCUUGGAGAGCUGCGCAUACAAUCUUUGCAUGUUUGGGGGCAACCGGACAGUUCUGUGUGAAAUUCUGCGAGCUUAUGCCGAAUGGUGUCAAGCGGCCAAUAUAACAAUUGGGAUGUGGAGAUCGGACACCUUUUGUGGAAUCACAUGUCCUGAGAACAGCCAUUAUGAACCCUGCUCAACUGCUUGCCGGGCCAGCUGCGUGGAUUCCACGGCCCCUCUGUACUGCGCCGAGCCCUGCAGAGAAGACUGCUUUUGUGACAGAGGUUAUAUUCUCAGUGGAGGGACGUGCGUGCCCCUGAAUCAUUGUGGCUGCAUGCUGAAUGGCCAGUACUACCAAGUGGGAGAUGAAGUUAUCCUGACGGAUACCUGUAGCAAGCGCUGUUCUUGUCGGCAUCCUUCUCACCCCAUGGAGUGCCAGGACUAUGCUUGUAAGCCUCUGGAGAUUUGCAAAGUCAUGGCAGGGGUACGGGGCUGUUACCCUGUGAAAUAUGGCAGCAGCUGGGUCUUCGGGGAUCCCCAUUAUGUCACCUUUGAUGGGGUAGCCUUUGAUUAUGAAGGAGACUGCAGAUAUACCCUCAGCAAGUACUGCGGCCCCUUCGGCAAGCUCCCGGGCUUCACCGUCAAAGCAGAGAAUCAACGCCGAGGCUCCGCAGCAGCCUCCUGGGCACGGCUGGUGGAGCUGGAGAUCUACGAGGAGACCAUUACUAUAGUGGCAGACCAGUACGGCAAAGUGCAGGUAAAGAUGCAGCAUGUCAGUGAUCUCCAGUGUGGCCACUUAAGGGCCAAGCUGGACAUGAUGGUGGCCGUGAAUGGCAUCUUGGCUAACCUGCCCAUCGACCUUGCCUCAGGGAAGAUCUAUGCCUAUUUCAGCAGCUCCUCUGUCUUCCUCCAGACUGAUUUUGGCCUUCUCAUUUCCUACGACUGGUCAUACUACAUAUCAGUUACUGUUCCCGAGACCUACAGUGGCCUCCUUUGUGGGCUAGGUGGAAAUUUCAAUGGAAACCAGAGCGAUGAUUUUAGGACCCCUGAUGGUUCAGUGGCUCAGGAUGCAGUUGCUUUUGCCAACGGCUGGAAAGAUGGCAGCUGCGCUUCUCAUGGCCCACCCGCCGGACUCCCGUUCGUAUGUGGUAAAGCAGAUCUAGCCUGGUACAGAUCGCGGAACUGCUGUGGGCUUAUUGGUGAUGUGAGUGGCCCGUUUAAAGAGUGCCUCAACCCUGCGGGCGUUCACGUUUAUGUGGAGAGCUGCGAAUUAAACUGCCCAAACAACAGCCAGUAUGUGCUAUGUGGACCUUCCCGUCCAGCAACAUGUGUCAGCUCAGCAAUUGCACACCCCCGCCUGACAAAGUGCGCUGAAGGGUGUCAGUGCAAGCCCGGAUUUGUGCUGAGCGGCAUCCAAUGUGUGCUUGUUGAGCAGUGUGGCUGCACUCACAAGGGGCAGUACUACCUGUCUGGGGAAACCUCUUGGCGAGGAGAAAAUCGCCGCAACUUCUACAGAUGCAACGGCUCCACCCAUGCCAUUGAAUGCACCAACUCACAGUGCGGGCCUGGAGAAUUCUGGUGGAACUCGGAAGGGGUCGAGGUUCAGAACAAGAAGAUGCUGAAUGAUCCUUUGCCUGUGACUUCAAAAGUGUUUGUCCGAGUCAACUCACAUCAGAUACUUCUACAGAGAGGAAUCCAGGGGACCGUCCAGUGCCCGCCUGGGCCGCCCACUGCUGAGCACUGCCCCCUGGCCUCAGCGGCGGGUGGCUCGGGACCCAAGAUCGAUGGUGUAACUGUGAAUCUCCCAGUAAAUCUCAACACAGGCAAAACAGUAGUUUAUCAGCAUGGAAUAUAUACUGUCCUGAAAGCAGAGUUUGGUCUGACAGUGAGUUUUGACCUGGACCACAGCCUGUUUGUCUCCGUGCCCCCUGAAUACAAAGGCCACACCUGUGGGCUGUGUGGGAAUUUCAACGGUGUCGCCGAUGAUGACUUGGUGAUGCCGAAUGGCUUCAGAGAGAAGGAAGUCUUCCUCUUCGCUGGGGUCUGGAAGUCAGAGACUGUCCCCGGCUGUGAGGAUGGUGCCUCCGAUUCCUAUCCCGUGUGCCCAGAAGGGGAACAGCUCACCCAGGCAAAAUCCAACUGCUGGAUCAUCCAGGACCCCAAAGGACCCUUUGCUUCUUGUCACCUUCAGGUUGAUCCUGAGCCUUAUCUGUCCAACUGCGUUUUUGACCUCUGCAUCUCCCCAGGGGACAGCCGUGUUCUGUGCCAGUGCAUUCAGACGUAUGCAGCAGCCUGCCAGAGAGCAAACGUUAAGAUCUCCACCUGGAGGAGCAAAGAUUUCUGUGGCAUGUAUUUUAAGGGUGCAUUACACCUGGCUCUCUGCAUUGUCCAGCACACAGUCACUAUGAGCUCUGUAGCAAGCCAGCACGUGGCCUCUGUUCAGGAACUUGGCUGCACGUCUCCAAUGGAUCCACAUGUUCUGAAGGAUGUUCCUGUGAUGGCAGCUACCUCCGGAGCAGUGACACAUGUGUUCUUCAGGACAAGUGUGGCUGUGAGCAUGAUGGACGCUACUACAAGGCGCAAUUCCCCUGGCAUUUCUGGGGGAUCUAGGCAGGAAGACAAGCACUUGAACUGCUUGAAGGCUGUGCCGUCCCCCAAACGCCUUACCGUCCCUCUGACCAUCCUGUGCGUCGCCCAGGCCAGGGGACACGCAUCCCUGUCCUGCGUGACAGCUUUGGAGUUGCAGGGCGGGGGGGGGGGCAUGUCCCCUGGCCUGGACGACAAGCUGGAAAGUCGGAGGGAUGGUGAGCACACACCCUCUGGCCCUUAUAGCUAA